AUGGUAACACUAUAUAUUCAUUCAUUAGCAGCAGGAAACAUUGGGGCGAUGAGUUCUUCAUCAAAGAUGAGGUUGAGUGCAUCAACUUUACAUUUUCUUCCACAAGAGAUCCUCGUCGAAAUUCUGAGUAAACUCCCUGCCAAAUCUCUGGUGCGAUUCAAAUGUGUUUCUAAAUUCUAUUGUUCUCUGAUUGUUGAUCAUACCUUUGCUGAUCUGCAUCGCAACUGGUCCUUAACCCUACCCAGUAGGAUGAGCAUUCUCAUCUUUUAUCCACCCUUGUCUGACCUCAAUACCUGCCGAUAUUACACAAUAAAUUACUCUGAAGAAAACCAAGGAAAGCUCCAAGCCAAUCAUCUCCGGUAUAUCGACAACGACGACGAUCUCUCUGGAAAGGUUUAUUUACGGUCCGCUGUGAACGGCCUGCUUUGUUUCUGCGGAUACCCACGAUCCGGAGACGACAUUGAAAUUCACAACCUUAGUACCCGACGCCAUAUUUCUCUUCCAACAACCUUUCCUCGUCUGUCCGGGAUUAACGCUUGUGGGCUUUUGGGUUUUGAUUCAAUUUCCAGAAGAUAUAAGGUGUUGAAGUCAGUACAGUUUAUCGAUCGCAUCGGCAAGCAUGUUUCGGUAAAGCAUUGGAUUUUCACACUGGGCCUGGAUAAAUCGUGGAGGGAGAUCCAUUCCUCUCCAUCCUUCCAUCCUCACAAUUGUUCUACUACCCAUUUCUAUUACCGUUCAAGUGUUCAUAUUGACGGCGUUAUUUAUUCUCUUAAUUCGUUGGGAAGUUUUGACAUAGUUGCAUUUGAUGUUAGGACUGAGAAUUUCAAAGCGAUACCUUCCCCUCCUCCCCCAAAUGUUGUGUCGCCCGGAUUGUCGGAGGUAGAUGGUCGAUUAGCUAUUCUGGACUCCAGGAUGGAAGCCGAGCGCUGCGGUAUUUCAAUAUGGACAUUGGAGGAAUCUAUGGUAUGGAAGAAACAAUGUUUUAUUUGCUUUCCCACCCCAUUAUUGGAGGAGAUUGCGAGAAAAGACUUUAAUAGAGAAAAUCUCUUCUUCUCUUCAAAUUAUGAUGGGGAGAUUGCUGUGUUAGUGAUGUGGACGAGAUCUAUUUCUAUUUUAUUUUAUAACCUGAGAAGACGGAGUUGGAGAAAAUUUGAUAUAUGCAAUAUAUUUAGGCCUAUAAUCCUUCUCAAUGCAGAGAUUGCCAUGCACUUCAUCUUAUACAAUAUUUUCUAA